AUGAGCUCUCCUGAGCAGAUGGACGACGUGGACGAUGGUGUUGAUGGUGGUGAUGAUGGUCCGGCCCCUUCCAACAACACAAGACAUCCUCGAGCUUGCCGGCAGUGCGCCGUCACAAAAAUAAAGUGUACUUUUCGGCCCGGCAGUGGCAGUAGUGAUCCUUGUGAUAGAUGCCGGAGACUCAACAAGACGUGUAUGCCCCAGCAACCCGCUCCAGGUCCCAGGAAGAGACGAGCAAAGGAGACGAGGGUUGCACAGCUCGAGAAGAAAAUCGACGGCCUCUUCAACCUGCUCAACCAGAGGAAGGACAGCGGCGAGCACAUGCAGGUUGCCACGCCAGCCACCUCCGUGUCUGCCUCGUCGACAACCAGAGAUAGGGAUGGUCGAGAUACGCAACUGCCGGAACCCGACUCAUCAUCCAUCAACGUCAUGAUGCCUGUGGAUGCUUCUGUCGAGACGCUCUAUAAUCAUUUCCUCACGCAGAUGCUACCGCAUUUCCCCUUUGUCUACCAUCCACACGACAAGCCUGCGGGCGAGACGAAGCAUGUCAACCCAUUCUUGUUCAAGGAGAUGGUUGCUCUUGCGUCGUGGAAGAACCUCCACGACCAGAGGGAGAUGCAGAAACGUCUCGUUGCUGAGAUGGUCCAUCGACUCAUGUUGAAAGGAGAAAAGACUUUGGAUCUUCUCCAGUCCAUUCUUGUUCUGGUUGCUUGGUACCAGCCCUUCGUCUUCUGCAUCCCACAGCUUACGAACCUCCUCCAUCUCGGAUUUGCACUGUCCGUUGAACUCGGCUUGAAUAGAGCACCACAGUCUCGUGAGAGGAGAGGUGUAGACUCAUUCACACGACGCAUGGCACACGGCGAAUCUGCCAAUCGGACGCAAGACUCUCCUGAUCACAUGAGAGCACUGCUAGGAUGUUUCUACCUCCAUUCAGUACUCUCCAAGUCGUUCAGAGCCAUGGAUGGACCGAGAUACACAACAUACAUGGACGACUGCUGUAAGAAACUCCUCGAAGCAAAGGACAGUCCAUUCGAUGCACGACUCGUCCACCUCGUCCGCCUGCAGCAGUUCUGCGAACAGAUAGGCUCAAACAGCACAAGCGACCUCGAAAGUGGCGGAUCAGGCAGAGCACCUCUAGGCUUCUACGUCGCCUCCAUGGCAAACAAGCUCCACGAAAUCAAGACAGCCCUCCAAGACUCAACCCUAACCCCCGAACUCAACGAGUUCGCCGUCCCAUACGUCGCCCAAGUCGCCGCCGGCACCGCCGAAAUCCACCUCUACGAAUACGCCUACUACAGCUCGCUCAAAACCCACGACCACGAAGCCCGCGACAGCAUAGCAGCCUCCUCGGACUACCUCUACAAAUGCUUACAAGCCAUCUCCCAGACCAUGGAAGUCCACUGCAAGAUCGCGCCCGCCCAGUUCUACGACCUCCCCAUGACGCACUGGGCCUACCUGGGCGAAAUGCUCAUCGUCAUGUCCAAGCUCUUCCGCGCCGACGGCGACCGCAGCAGCAAGUCCCACAUGUACCAGGUCAUCGACCCCUCCCACAUCAUGGACGAGCUCAUCACCCGCUUCAAUCGCGCCCCCAAGGAGGCCGGCCUCACCGAAAACGACCUCUUCCUCUACAUCUCCCGCCGCAUCACCAUGUUCAAGAGCUGGAUCGAGGACCGCCCGUUCCCGUUCGCUGCGUCGGCGAGUAGCGCCGCCAGUGCCUCCGCGACGCCCUUUCUGCAGAGCAAUAGCACCCCUGGCGCCGGGUCCGCGGACUGGGCGUUCAUGGAUGACUUGAGCGCGCUGAACGGCGGGCUGUUUGCCGAUAUCGAUAAUAGCUUCUGGCAGAGCUACGUUGAUAAUGCCACGCUUCCGCCACAGCCGCAGACGCAGACGCAGACGCAGACGCAGACGCAGACGCAGCAUCACUACCGCACAAGCUGGAACCCAACCCAGAUAUUCACUCAAAACAGCACUCUAUGA